CAAAUUCAGCUAGUGAAAUACAGCAAUUUGUGUCAGCUAGCACACGGGAGCCAGGGCUGUGAUACUGCAACAUUCCCAAGAGAAAUAAAGAUGCUCUGGAGGUGAGAAACAGGACAGUUUGGGUGUUUGACAAGAGGCCGAUGAGGGAAUCAAAUGUAAGUGUAAGGGUUUGCUUCAAACAACUGGAUGAACAGUGGUAACGUCUGCUGAGAUAGGAACCUGGGGGUGGGUUGAAGUCGAAGAAAAGUGAAAUUUUGGCCACGUACAUUUGCAAUCUUUAUUAGACAUUAACGUGAAGGCAUUACAUGUAGGAUCUAUUCUAAAGAGGCAAAUCAGUGCCACCUUGGAUCUGGAUCAGGUGAGUGUAGACAGAGUUGGGACAGUACCCGGGUGAGAAACCUGGGCACAACUGUUAGUCCUGGGGGCCGAGACAGCAUUGAUGAAGGGUCUAGCAAGGAGCUGCAGAGAGGAAAGAAGAAAACCUGGCAGUGACUGCUGUCCCCGGGAGUCAGAGGGAGCAAGCAACACAUGUUAAGGAUAUAACGAUCCUAGUAAUGUAUACAGAAGGCAAAACAUUAGAUGUGUGCAUUGGGCGUUGCCAUGUGUCUGUAAUCCUGGCACUGAGCAGUUGGAGGCAGGAGGAUCACCGAGUUCAAGGUUACCAUUUGAGGCUAACCGGAACUACAUGAGACCCAUGUAGUUCUUUCUCAAAAAACAAAAUAGGCUUGUAUAAACAAGAGAAGAGGCAGAUGACAAAUAGAGGAAGUCGCAAAUUAAACGCUUUUGUUUUCAAGUUCGUGGCAAAGUGAAGUAGUAGAUGUAUGGUAGGCAAACACAAGUGCCGAGCAGGAUUAGAUCUCUAACCUCCCCAGGCCUACAGCCACUUUCCAGAGACUGCAAGUUCACCUGCCAUUACCGCUGCCGUGCGCUCGUCUGCCUGGACUGCUGCGGGCCCCGAGACCUGGGCUGGGACCCCGCACUGGAAAGGGACACGAACGUGGAUGAUCCUGUACAGCGGGAGACACCCAAUCUUUCUCAGACUGAGACUGAGCAGAAGAUCAAGGAUUACAAUGGCCAGAUCAACAGCAACCUCUUCAUGAGCCUGAACAAAGAUGGCUCCUACACAGGUUUCAUCAAGGUGCAGCUGAAACUGGUACGUCCUGUCUCAGUGCCUUCCAGCAAGAAACCACCUUCUUUACAGGAUGCCCGGCGGGGCACAGGGCGGAGCACAGCUGUGAGGCGCCGCACCUCCUUUUACUUGCCUAAGGAUGCUAUUAAGCACUUGCAUGUUCUGUCACGAACACGGGCACGUGAGGUCAUUGAGGCCUUGCUUCGCAAAUUCAUGGUAGUAGAUGAUCCUCGCAAGUUUGCACUCUUUGAACGAACUGAACGUCAUGGCCAAGUGUACUUCCGGAAACUGUCAGACGAUGAACAGCCCUUGAAGCUACGGCUUCUUGCAGGGCCUAGUGAGAAGGCCCUGAGCUUUGUCCUGAAAGAGAAUGACUCUGGGGAGGUGAAUUGGGAUGCCUUCAGCAUGCCUGAACUGCACAAUUUCCUGCGUAUCCUGCAGCGGGAAGAAGAGGAACACCUCCGACAGAUCCUGCAGAAGUAUUCUCGGUGCCGCCAGAAGAUCCAGGAAGCCUUGCAUGCCUGCCCUUUGGGGUGACCUUUCCUGUCCCUGGGUGGCAGGAGGAAAAUAGGCAAUGCGAAGAGCGUGCCGUGUGAGUGUGACAGGGCCCGUGGGGCCUGAGGAAUGAGUGUGCGUGGAGGUCCUCCUCUGCUAAGGGAAUGAGCCCAGAGACAAGGGAAGGAGCUGGCCCUCUACCAGGGGGUCUCGUGGGGCAUGGCUUUGCAGCCCUCUGACCCUCGUAUACUGGGUCAUACUCUGGGUAGCUGCUCCAGGCUUUCAUCAGGGUCUCAGCCGUGAGAAUCUUAGAGACUCUACAAACAGAACCAGGUUAUGUUUGCAGGGCUGAGGGCCCUUAUCUAUGGAGAAAGAUUGUUCUGGGUGGUGAAUAAGUCUCAGGGUAGCCAGUCAGAGCCCAGGGUACCUGCUCGGAAUAAUACAGGCGUUAAGGUAGGGUGUUUCCCUCUUACAGUGCCUUAUGACUUAUACACAUCCCCUGAGGUCAGGGAGGGCUGGCAAGUACAGCCACAAUGCCUCAGCGCCGCCUCUAAGGAAGAUGUUGCUGAACCAGACCCACUUCUUGUUUGCCAAAGCCAGAGUCUCCCUCAGAUAGUUUUGAUGGAAGUGUAUGAAUGUAUGUAAUGCUUUGUGGCCUCAACUGAAUGCCUCCUGUGGGGAAAGGGAUGGGGGUGUGACAGUCAUCAUCAGGGCCUGAGACCUGAGAGAAUUGGCUGAAUAAAGACUUAAGAAUUUUU